GAAACAGAGACAGAGAGUGUGUGUCAGAGCCUUUCAAACCCUCGGAAGUUGCCAAUCGUCAGAAAUCAUCUCAGACGAAGAUCAUGCCUGUACCACAAAGCAGAGUCCGAAGGACUCACUCGGAGAGCAGCUUCUCACACCCAAGCUCACGGUCCGAACGAAGCUCACACUCACCCGUCCCGGCAUCCCCAGAUUCCCUCCCAAUGUCUCCAUCCUCAGUCCUCAGCGGCAGCACCGCAUACACCACCAGCAGUCGCUACCAGCCCCUCACACCCCACGGCAUGCCCAAGUCCCCGAAACUCAACACAAAGGGCCUGAGUCCUACCAGCCACCGCUUCGACCCCGAGCCGCGAUCCCCAGCUACGACGGCGUACACACAGCCGUCCUUUGUGUCGGAAUUGCACAUCUCCCCCGUCUCCCCUGAGCGCACCAUCCUGCCUCGUCUCACGUAUAUGCCCAAACGCUCCGGUGCCCCCCGGAGUCGGAGCGAGUCCCGCUCCCCGCAUCGAGCGAGGCACGAGACCGCGUCCUGUGCGACGUGUAAUAGCUCGCUCUUCAAGCGUAUCAGCGACAAGGUGCGUCGGAUCAAGCUGCAGCGCGUGCCGAAGAAGAAGUCACCGAAGCCAGAGAGGCAUUUCGAGGUUGAGCGCGUGCAGGAUUUGCAUUGGUCUGAACUAUGA